AUGGCCCUGAGUGCUGACUUCAGGUCACAGCCUGAGACACAGCAGGAAGGGCCAAAGGUCAAGGGCACGGCUGCGCCUAGAGUAGAGAAGACCGAGGUAGUGUGGGCCGGCAGACAGCUCCACCAAGAGCCCUGCAGGGCAGCACCGUGGACCGGUGGACUGGUGCACUCCAGCGAGCUCCUGGAGGUCCCUCUUGGCGCUCGGGUGUCCCAGCCAGCUGUGCAUCAUCAGGCCCCAGGCUUGGGGACCGGUGUCAACAGUUCCUACAGCUUGGGGCAGCACAGGCGGCAGAAGGACCAGAACCUGAACUCCAAACCCUUCGCCCAGCCCCGUGCCGCCUGCGCCCCUCCUCCUGGACCCUCCUUCUGCCCCCUCCUCUCUAAACCGCAGGCCCGUCGCCCCGCCCACUUCCGCCGCCUGGCGUGGUCUCGCGAUACCUGCGUGGUCACGCGUCCCGGGCCGGUGGACGGGGCGGGCGCUGACUGGCGCGGCCGGGGGGCGGCUCCGCGGGGCGGGCCCUCCGCUCGAUCCCCCAGUUUGGUGCCUCUGUUAGUAGAAAUCCCUCUUUGCCUUUUCUUCCCAGGUACAGCCUUUGAGUACAUCAUCACAGCAAAGAAGGGAAAGAACAGCAACGUGGGGUUGAUCCAGCUGAACCGCCCCAAGGCCCUCAAUGCUCUCUGCAAUGGCCUGAUCGCGGAGCUCAACCAGGCGCUGCAGACCUUCGAGGAAGACCCAGCCGUGGGGGCCAUUGUCCUCACAGGCGGGGAGAAGGCAUUUGCAGCUGGAGCCGACAUCAAGGAAAUGCAGAGCCACACGUUCCAGGACUGUUACUCUGGAGGGUUUUUGAGCCACUGGGACCGACUCACGCGUGUCAAGAAGCCAAUCAUAGCUGCUGUCAAUGGCUAUGCCCUUGGUGGUGGCUGUGAACUUGCUAUGAUGUGUGACAUCAUUUAUGCUGGAGAGAAAGCCCAGUUUGGGCAGCCGGAGAUUCUAAUAGGAACCAUCCCAGGUGCAGGCGGCACCCAGAGACUGACCCGUGCCGUCGGAAAGUCACUGGCCAUGGAGAUGGUCCUCACUGGUGACCGGAUCUCGGCCCAGGAUGCCAAGCAAGCAGGUCUUGUAAGCAAAAUUUUUCCUGUUGAGACAGUGGUCGAAGAAGCCAUCCAAUGUGCAGAAAAAAUUGCCAGCAACUCUAAAAUUGUAACAGCAAUGGCCAAAGAAUCAGUGAACGCAGCUUUCGAAAUGACAUUAGCAGAGGGCGUUAAACUGGAGAAGAAGCUCUUCUACUCAACUUUUGCCACCGAAGACCGGAAGGAAGGGAUGGCCGCAUUUGUGGAGAAGAGAAAGGCCAACUUCAAAGACCAGUGACAGCCGGCCGCCUCUGCCUCGGCCCCCUUUCUAGGAGGACAAGCAGCUUCAGAAGCUGAUCAACGCUUCUGUCUCGUGCGCAGUGUCGGUGACACAUGGCUUCUCUCGGGGUCUGUGGGGUCUGCAGGGUGGUGUGGGCUCCCAGCCUGCUGGGGGGCAGAUGGCCUUCACCCAGUGAUCACAGGGCCCCCGCCUGGCCACUGUGUCAUUUGCAGCGGUGGAUGUGGCCACUCAGAGUGAAGGCCUUGCUGCUGGGUCUCUAAAGGGACAUGCUCUUGACUGACAGACUUCAGGUCACAUUAGGCAUUUUUUUGGUUAUUUCUAUUCUUGAGAGUUCUAUCACUUUUAAACACUUUUGUCUGUCAUUCUAAGCAACAACAUUCAAACAGAACAAAGUCCGCGAAGUGCUCCCAUCCUCGUCCGAGGGUGACUUCUGUUCACAGCUUCAUGGCUCUUAGGAUUUUCUGUGCCCACGCGCUCAACGUGUGAAACUCGGUUUUCUUUGUAUGAAAAUGGUUCUCCACAUUUCUGCUUCUUUCGCACAGAUGCACCCUGUUCUUCAUGACUGUGAUUCUUUUUCACUGUAGAAUAGAUAACAGAAAACUUGCUGUUUUAUCCACUUUUGGAUGUACCUAGCAGCCGUGCCUUCACAGUGUUUUCAUCUAUCUCCAUGCGGUUUCAUCGCCCCAGGCAGAAACUACGCUUCAACAUUAAGUCCCUACCUGGCCCCCCGCCCCCGGGUCCUGGGGUCCUUUAUUCCACUUUCUAUCUGUUGCUAAGUUGAAUGUAAUAUUUCCAAAGUCCACCCAGGUUGUAACAGUGACAACUUAACGUGACAACAGCCACUUUUCGUGGCUGAAUACGAUUCCUACUUGAGUUCUUUUCA